UCGGGAACAGGGACACUCGGGAACAGGGACACUCGGGAGAUGGGACAUUCGGGAGAUGGGACACUCGGGAACAGGGACACUUGGGAACAGGGACACUCGGGAGAUGGGACAUUUGGGAACAGGGACACUCGGGAACAGGGACAUUUGGGAACAGGGACACUCGGGAACAGGGACAUUUGGGAACAGGGACACUCGGGAACAGGGACAUUUGGGAACAGGGACACUCGGGAACAGGGACAUUUGGGAACAGGGACACUCGGGAACAGGGACAUUUGGGAACAGGGACACUCGGGAACAGGGACAUUUGGGAACAGGGACACUCGGGAACAGGGACAUUUGGGAACAGGGACACUCGGGAACAGGGACAUUUGGGAACAGGGACACUCGGGAACAGGGACAUUUGGGAACAGGGACACUCGGGAACAGGGACAUUUGGGAACAGGGACACUCGGGAACAGGGACAUUUGGGAACAGGGACACUCGGGAACAGGGACAUUUGGGAGAUGGGACACUUCGGGAACAGGGACACUCGGGAACAGGGACACUCGGGAACAGGGACACUCGGGAACAGGGACACUCGGGAACAGGGACACUCGGGAACAGGGACACUCGGGAACAGGGACACUCGGGAACAGGGACACUCGGGAACAGGGACACUCGGGAACAGGGACACUCGGGAACAGGGACACUCGGGAACAGGGACACUCGGGAACAGGGACACUUGGGAACAGGGACACUCGGGAGAUGGGACACUCGGGAACAGGGACACUCGGCACGCUCCGGACCCGCCCUCCUCCUGCCCCCGAACACUCUGCCGGAGCAAGCUCCCUUGCUGUGCUCUCCCUAGCCCAGGAAUUGCCUGCCAAAAACCGGAGGGUUUCGGUGCGCCUGCACCUCCCAGCACUCCCAAACUGCUCUUAUGAUUUAAAUGCAUUUACACUUCAUGUCCUCCACUCCACCGGAGAAGGAAGUUAUUAAGAAGUUUGCAGAAGGGUGUGCAGGAGGCACUAAGCAAACAGCCAGAAUAAAAAUCUCCUACUACCUCACCUUUUGCUAAACCACUCAACCAUCUUCC